AUCACAAACAUGAUGAGAGUCCUGCUGCUCACCAGUCUUCUCCUAACAGGUGUGAGGUGCAGAAUGGACGUGUUCGUGUACAGCACAGUUGGAGGUGAUGCCCUCCUGCCAUGCAUGGUGUCCUCUGACUGCACCGCCAUCUCCUGGACCUUCUUUAACAAAGGCAGGGAUGUGCGGUUCACUCAUGAGGUCAUCAGCGGGAAAGUGAAGGCGGAUUCAGAAAAAUCCAGUCGCAUGACCGUCACAUCCAACUGCUCCAUCGGCCUCCGUGACCUCAGGGUGCCGGACGCUGGAUCCUACGUCUGCCUGAGGAAUGGCGAGGCCGUCACUGACGUUUACCUUUCCCUCCUCACGAUCACGUCAUUCUCCACCAUCACUGACCUCCAGCCCGGGGGAAACCUCGUCCUGAGCUGCAUCUUCUUCACUUAUUAUGACGCCGGCAGCUGCAAAUCGUACUCCAAGCGUGUGUUCAAGCUGAGCUGGGUGGAUGAGGACGGGACCGAGCUGUCCAGCCCCAACCACAGCAGGUACAACCUGACCAGCCACACUCGCUGCAACGUCACUCUGUUCACGAAACUGCAGAAGGAGGACAAGUACAGGAAGUGGAGGUGUCGGGUGAACACCACAGAAAGCAGCAGAGCCGUGUUUCUGGACUUCAAGCCUGUCUUCUUGUUACAAAAUACUCCAGAUGAUGACAAUCUGAAUCCUUCGGUCACCGCGGCAUGCCCAGUGAAGCUGCCCAUCAGCCGCAUUGCGCUCUGUGUGGCCCUGCCGGUCAUGGUGUUCAUAGUGGGAUUCUUCACCUGGAGGUCAGACCGCAAGAGAGCCCAAACAUCAGCAGAUGUCUUUAAGCUCCAGGAAAUGAACUGAUCGCUCAUCGCCGCAGGAUUUUAUUCCAUUUCAGUCAUCACAUGAAUCCAGUAUGGAUGGAUUACUACGAUUAUGUUGCAUGUUAGAAAUCAGAUUUUGGCCCACACACCCAAACCUCAGAUCUCACACAUAAACCAGACACUGUUGCAUGUCUGUUAUCAUUCUGUAUAGACUUGCUUGAUUAUGUUGUACUCAAAUCUGUACAAAUCAGUUUUUAGUAUUUUUAAUUAAAAUGAGCCAUAAACGUAAAUACAGGAAACCAACUGCUGCAUGCCAUCUUUUCUUUACAGCUGCAAAAUUUUGUUCAAAGUAUUUAUGAGGCCAAAAUUACAGAUAUGACAUAUUUCACGUGAAAGAA